AUGGAAGAAAAUCAACGAGGAGAGAGUGGACAUGGAGCAGACAAGCAGGAGGGUCAUGACGCCAAAGUCGAUGGAACUGGAACAGGACAGGGUCACAGGAAACAUAAAGCUGUGGUAACUGGAGAUGGAGUUAAAAUUGAUUUGGAGACUGUUAAUAGAGCCUUUCUUGAAUUAGCAGAGAAAGGUCGUCCAGAUACUGUCAAGAUAUUGAUAGAUGCUGGGGCUGAUGUUAAUGCCAAGGACAUUAACAAUGACAUACUCUUGCUUGCAUCAGCAUCUGGAGGUCAUUCUGAUACUGGAGGUCAUUCUGAUACUGUCAAGAUAUUGAUAGAUGCUGGGGCUGAUGUUGAUGCCAAGAACACUGACAAUGACACACCCUUGUUUGUAUCAGCACAGGGAGGUCAUUCUGAUACUGUCAAGAUAUUGAUAGAUGCUGGGGCUGAUGUUGAUGCAAAGGGCACUUACAAUGACACACCCUUGUUUGUAUCAGCACGGGGAGGUCAUUCUGAUACUGUCAAGAUAUUGAUAGAUGCUGGGGCUGAUGUUAAUGCCAAGCACACUGACAAUGACACACCCUUGCAUUAUAUAGCAUUGGAAGGUCAUUCUGAUACUGUCAAGAUAUUGAUAGAUGCUGGGGCUGAUGUUCAUGCCAAGAACACUAACAAUGUCACACCCUUGCAUUAUUCAGCAUGGGAAGGUCAUUCUGAUACUGUCAAGAUAUUGAUAGAUGCUGGGGCUGAUGUUGAUGCCAAGAACACUAACAAUUUCACACCCUUGCAUUAUUCAGCAUGGGAAGGUUAUUCUGAUACUGUCAAGAUAUUGAUAGAUGCUGGAGCUGAUGUUAAUGCCAAGAACACUAACAAUGACACACCCUUGCAUAAAUCAGCAUGGGGAGGUCAUUCUGAUACUGUCAAGAUAUUGAUAGAUGCUGGGGCUGAUGUUGAUGCCAAGGACACUAACAAUGUCACACCCUUGCAUCAAGCAACUAGAAGAGGGGAUUUACAAGUAGUUGUGGGACUCAUACUAAAGGGGGCUAAUGUGAAUCUUAAGAACAACCGUGGUGUGAUACCUAUUCAUCUGGCAGUAGAAGGUAGAUACAUACAAAUCAUAAAUGAACUAAUGAACAAAAAUGAUUUAGCUGACCCUGGUGCACUCUCGAUAUUACACUCUUUAUUACUGGAAACCGAUAUUGGUAUGCUGAAGAUUAUGUGCCGCAAUUCAUCAGUCUACCGUGCUUGUGGCAAUUACGGGAGGACCUUACUCCAUGUUGCCGGACAACUCGGCUGCCAUGAAUACAUUCAACAUUUAACAACAUGUGAUGGAGUCGAGGUUAAUCACAAAGAUCACUUUGGAAAGAGUUCACUCCACUACGCCGUAGAGAUUGGGAAUGAAGAGACAAUACAUGAACUUCUAGAAGCUGGUUGUGAUGUUCAUGAAUUAGACUUAGCACGGAAGUCAGUUUUGCACCAUGCUGCAAUCAAUGGACACUGCAAUCUUAUAGGAUUUUUCAUUGAAAAAUAUAGGUUAGAUCCAUAUCAGGCUGAUGUUGAUGGCAGGAACUGUCUCCAUUAUGCUGUGAUCUAUCGAAAUGAGGACGUAGUGGCCCUGUUGAUGGAGAAAUACAGUGAUCCUAGGAAGGAUGCAAGGGACUAUCGAAACAAGACACCGACUGACUACUUGCAUCAGUGUGAAGAAGGCAGUUUGACAUCAAAAUACCUUCGAGGCUGGACAUCAGGAGUUACUGCAAUUGAGCUUGGUAACACCGAAAGUGAUGAUCAUACUGCCGGAGAAUGCUCUGAUAUUACAAAUAUUCCUGACUUGUGCAAAAUUUCAGAACAACCAUACAUUGGGUCUGUAAUGACAAUCACAGGACACGAUAAUGUAAAAUUUGUUAAAUAUGUUAAAGAAAAGGUGCAACAAGUUAUAAAAGAGGUACUACCACAGAUCACGCUAGUGGAGGUUUUUGGGGUUGGAAGUUCAUUUGAGGCAUCAAAGCAUGGCAUGCCUGAUGAAUUUGAUUUUUUGGUGAAGUUGGGAGAAAUUCUUCAUGAAGAUUAUAACGAACGUGAAGGAUAUCAAAAUAUGAAGAAUUCUUAUUUCAGAGAUGAAUCUGUGGCACCUGUCAUUGGGUCAUAUGGGAUGUGGAUGUGGAGCAGACUCAUGGAAUAUUGGAGUGAUUGCGUAUCAAACAAAAAGGCCACACGAAGUGAUGGUGAUCGCAGCUUCUGUAUGUUAUCGCCACCACAGAGACAUCCUGAUCGUAAAACCUGCACGACAUGGAUCUGGCUGUACAGUGAUGAAAUGUUUACCGACUUGCCAAUAUCAAUAGACUUGGUGCCUGCCAUUGAGGUUGACAUCGAUGGACAGGGAGACUGGACAUCAGCAUUGAUGAUUUUUAAAAGAGAAGAGUGGAAACAACCAAAAAAGUACAUAGUUCCUAAAAUUCCAUACAGGACCAGCACGGUAGCACAAAACAUUGAACCUGACAAACUUAAUCAGCUUGGGCGGGUAUCCUACCCAACAAAAGAGGUGGAUUACCUCAAAGCUUUGGAUAAACGGGUGAAGGUUGUCUUCAUCACAGCAAAAUGUGUGAGAAAGGCAGAGGUGUGUGGCUUCAAAAUUAAAAUCAACAAGGGUGAUAUGGUAUGUGGCUACAAAAUUAAAAACAACAAUGUCAAUAUUAAGUCGGUCAGUGAGUUAGUAACCAGCUACAGAUUGAAAUCUGCAUUCUUGCAUCUGGUUGAACUGUUCCUGAAGUCAGACAUGUCCCUCGGGAAAAUGGUCCUGAUGGUGUAUGAACAUUUAGAAAAGUGUCUCGAGAGAGAUAAUCUACCAAUGCCCAUGGAUAAUAAGGUCAAUGUGUUGGCUGGGUCCAAGCUGAGUACAGAAGACAGCCUCCAGGUGACCAGGAUCAUGGCAAGGUUUGUCAGGCGUCUGUACGAGAGGGAUGUCUCAGCUGAACAACGGGAGAGAGACUCAAGAGAAGAGGCUCAGGGACUAACGAAACUAAGAGCAGAGUACGAUCAGGAACUGGAUGAAUGGACUAAGACUAACAGGGGUCGAUCUUGGUUUGAUAUGAGCAGGAAACCAACACUGAAUCCAAUCCUGUUUCCAAAGCUUCCCAGGUAA